UUUAUAUUACUAAUUACCGUGAGAAUAAAUAAUCUAAUCCACGGUUGAUACAUCAUACUUGAUAGAUGAUAGUCGAUUACCUACUAUUGUUUCUGUUUUUGUAAUGAUUAUUCGUUUCAUAUUGCAUUAAAUAGAAACCAUUAUUUACCUUAUUAUUACUUAUAAUACCUGCAAACAACAAUUUAUUUCUACUAUUCAACACUAUUAUGGCUAUGUGGACAACGUUUACAAACACAGGAGCAUCUGAUCCUAGCCGAGAGUCAGGCUUAGGCAGCGACUCUGACAAUAUGGCCGAACUAGCUCAGUUAUUGCAAGCCGAUAUUCCAGAAGGACGCAAUAGCUUAUCGGACAGCCACGUGAACCUAGAGCGUGUAGCCGAAUAUUGCGAAGGCAAUUAUUUUCAAGCUGAAAACAAAAGAAUAGCUUUGGAAGAAACGAAAAACUAUACUACUCAGUCUUUGGCCAGUGUUGCUUAUCAAAUAAAUACACUUGCUUAUAAUUUUUUGCAACUAUUGGACCUGCAGACUGUUCAGUUAUCCGAAAUGGAAAGUCAAAUUAAUCACAUCGCCCAAAAUGUAAUGAUACACAAAGAAAAAGUUGCUAGAAGAGAAAUUGGUGUGUUGACAGCCAAUAAGACUACAAAUCGUCAGUAUAAAAUCAUUGCUCCCGCUAAUCCGGAAAAACCUAUUAAGUAUGUCCGGAAACCAAUUGAUUUUACAGCACUAGACGAUAUUGGACACGGUAUUCGCAGCACUCCUCGCCAAACACGUCAGCCAGUUGCUAAUAGUUCAAGUGCGUCCACCAAUAUGUCAACUGUUGGUCCUGCUCCUACAAACAAACCGCCGACACCACCAGCAGUGAUACGAGCCACAGGAACUCUAAGCAAAAGUUCUCGUGAAUAUCGCACGCCUCCGGCUGUUGCACCGCCUCAAGUGCCCAGUCAUUACGCGCCCAACUAUCCUAUCGGCCAUACUAAACGCGAAAAAGGACCCGGAUACAAUUCGUUGCCAAUGCAUCACACAUCGUCCUCAAGUAAUAUACAACCAGCUCCCAUUGUCGGAAUGGUUCAUCCCAUGCAGCAAUCGGAACAAUCCUCUUCGUUGAAUUCAAUGCCCCCUCCUCCUUCGCCCCAUACGUUAAACAAUUCUCGAAUGGGAAUUGGCCCAGAUCUGUUAGACAAUCAUCAUCAUCAGGCUCCAUCUUUCGGAUCGUCCACAGACCAUUAUCGCUCAAACACAUCUCAGCAGUUGUCCAACGAUCAUUAUCGUUCUGGUGCAUCUCAGCAGUCAUCCAACGAUCAUUAUCGUUCCGGUGCAUCUCAGCAGUCGUCAAAUGACCAUUAUCGUUCAAGUGCUUCUCAACAAUCGGCCACAGAUCAUUAUCGUUCAAACAUGUCCCAGCAGUCGUCUACAGAUCAUUAUCGCUCAAACUUGUCUCAACAACAAGCAGCUACCGACCAUUAUCGCGCCAACACUUCGCUGCCUGGCAUUUUGAAAAACUCGUCGCAAUAUCAUCCUUCAUCUGCGGUCACCGCGACACAACAGGGUUCAUCACGACAAGGAUCGGCAUCGCCUCCACUGCCACCACCGCCCGAGGAUCACUUUGGCCAUAUAUCAGCUGGCGGAAUCGUUCCUCAAGAACCAGAUCUUCCUGGAUGGGUUCCAAAGAACUAUCUGGAGAAAGUCAUCGCAAUUUACGACUAUUAUGCAGACAAGGACGACGAAUUGAGUUUUCAAGAAAAUGCAGUUAUUUACGUGUUAAAGAAAAACGAUGAUGGCUGGUGGGAAGGCGUUAUGGAUGGCAUUACGGGACUCUUUCCCGGAAAUUAUGUGGAAGGUUGUAUGUAACACGCGAUAACGAACACUUCCUGAUAUUUAUUAUUACUAUUAUUAUAAUUAUUAUUAUUAUUAUUAUUACUAUUAUAACAUACAGCUUCAAAAUAUAUAACACGAUAUAAUUUAUUAUUAUUAUCGUCUAAGAUAUAAUAUUAUCUAAUGAUUUGAUAUAUUUAGUGAUUAAAUAACUUAUACUUAGCCGUUUUGGAUUUAGAAUAAUGUCUACUUAAAUAUAAGUACUCCACUUGUUUUAUAAUAAUGAGAACUUGCCCCCAAAAUAUAAUUAUUAUUUAGGUAUUUAGAAAUUAUUAAUUUUUAUUAUCAGAUAAAAAAUUCCAUUAGAUGUAUAAACUAAAUU